AUGCUGAAAGAUACGCCGAAGUUGGUGAACCAUGCCCUCCACCAAGCCCUUCAGCUCAAUGAAUCAGACACUCAAGUCAGCACCAUCGACAUGAGCUUGUUGGUGAACCUCAACACGAACCAGUCGCUCAAUUACAUAAAGCUCGAGCAAGAUCUCACGGAACUAGAGGUUGGAGCUAAAAAGUCUGAAGCUCUUCAAGAUGAGUUUAAGCUGCUCCAGCAGGAUUUGCAACAAAUCGAGAAACAGGUGGAUGUUAUAUCCGAAUUGGUACGUGAGCUUGAUGGCUGGACCAAAGAGCUCGAGGAGGAGAAUCAGGGUUGA